UCAUCAGCCGGAAGUCCCGCCUGCCGUGUAGUCGCUGUCGCCACCGCCUCCGCCGUCGUUGUUGUUGUGGUCGGUUCGCCGGACUCCGCGGCUCCGAGAGCCGGCUCUGCCCCCUCCUCGCCGCCGCCAUGAAGUGGAUGUUCAAGGAGGACCACUCUCUGGAACACAGAUGCGUGGAAUCCGCGAAGAUCCGAGCGAAGUACCCCGACCGCGUUCCGGUGAUUGUGGAAAAAGUCUCAGGCUCUCAGAUUGUUGACAUUGACAAGCGGAAGUACUUGGUUCCAUCUGAUAUCACUGUGGCUCAGUUCAUGUGGAUCAUCAGGAAAAGGAUCCAGCUUCCUUCUGAGAAGGCGAUCUUCCUGUUUGUGGAUAAGACAGUUCCACAGUCCAGCCUAACUAUGGGACAGCUUUACGAGAAGGAAAAGGAUGAAGAUGGAUUCUUGUAUGUGGCCUACAGUGGAGAGAACACUUUCGGCUUCUGAGGGCCAGCGCUGGGCUAGGUGCACCGCUCCUGCUUGUGUAUCUUGUAAAUAGCCAGCCGUUUUCAGUUAUACCAGAACCUCUUCACAUGAACCUCUUAGUGCAUUUGUAACUGGAUUUCUUAAUAUAUUGGAAGGUUUUGUUUCCUUAGAUUAGUAAAUUAUACAGUUUUAUUUUGAAUUUUACUUUUCUGUGCACUGUCCUCAUGGCUGUAUUUCUCCAGGGAACUUGAUCCUCUGGGAAUCAUAUUUAAUGAAAACAUUUCCAUAAUGAAGUGAGGUAGGUGCCGUCUUUAAGUGAGAAGGAAGGUGAUGAUGCAUUAAUUUUGGAUUAUGUUUGAAGUGUUAGAUGGCUAAGUAUUCAAGGCGUCCAAAUUAAAUCCUUAGCAAUCAGAACACUUGGCUUCACUAGAUUCUGCCAACUGCCAAGCAUGUUGGACUGAGCUAAUCUGUUCCUCUUUCUGAAACUAUUAAGGUAAAUAAUUAACAAUAAAACUUCCUCUUAUAAAGGCA